CACAACGGCUUUCCUAUUCCAAGGGAAUUAGCAAAGCUAGAAAGGGACAUAGACUACUACUCUGCGGUCGAGAUUCUCAGCGAAAUUCUUGGAAAACGAGAAACUUGGAGGUCUAGAUUGAAUAUUAACAUCGGACCUGUACUGCAUAUCAUUCUCUCCAAGAUGCUCAACUAUACUAACAACCCUCCACUGCAGUUGUAUGCGAUACACGACGCUUCCAUUCUACCAAUUCUGCUUGCUCUUGAUAGCUGGGAUGAGGCAUGGCCUCCCUUCGCUGCCGAUAUUACCUUCGAACUCCAUCUACAAACAUCUGGUCCUUCCUAUAAACCUUCCAGUCCACACAAAGUCGUAGAAUUUGAGCCCAACUCUCAGCUUGACUGGUCUUCUGUUCCCUUCGAGAGGUUGUGGGUCCGUGUGCUAUAUCUCGGUCAGCCACUACCUAUGACUACCACGUGGAUGAAAGGAGAGGUUGAUCUGGAAGAAAUGACCGGCUCUGGUGACUUCAUCCCCCUGGUUGAAUUUGUGCGACGUCUGGCACCUUUUGCCCUCUCUAUGGAGGAUUUUCAAGCAAAGUGCCAAGAGAAUGCAAAUAAACUUAAGAUGGAUCAUCGUGAUGGAGUGCGUCGUUUGUGCUGUGGAAGGUUCCCCUUCUUCCUUAUCUGUCUAGGCAGACGUGAUGAUAGGAAUCCUCCUUGGAACAUUUGGAAGGGUAAUAUUUGGCUCUCGAAGAUUGAACUUAAUCUUGUACAAGUCCAGGUGUUCUUUCGACAUGGAGCAAGAACUCCAUUGCAUUUAGUGCGAUCCUCACUUGCCCAUGCUGAAUGGACCCCGGAUACCACGAAGGAUAUUCCUGAGGUUUCAAUCGCAAUGCAGCACGUUGACAUCUAUAAUCGUACUCCUGUGGAUGAAGCUUCCUAUGACUUAAUUUACAGGCCCAUCAAACUACCGGGUGGUGAAUCUAUUGGUAUGCUAACAUCUAUCGGUCAAAAAGAUUUGUUCUAUCUCGGGGUGGAAUUGCGCAAACGAUAUUCUGGCGAAGGCGGAAUUCUGUCUGAUCCUCCAAAACUUAAUGAAAUCGAAACUCGCUCGACUCGUGUCGGUCGUAAUUUGAAAUCCAUUCGUUCUCUUGUCGCUGGAAUAUGUAAUAAUGAAGCUGAUGGCGUUCUCGUGGUUCCUACAAUGGAUUUUGCCGCAGAGGUUCUAUUCCCGAAUCCCAAGUUGAAUGGGGACGAUACGGCUUACGUUGAAGGUACUGAAGAGCUUAGAAAUGAUCCAGACAUCCUUGCUCUCAAAAAGAAAAUACGAGAAGCAUUAAAAGUAGACCGACUGAUUGACGAGCUGGAUAAUGAUCCGCAAAAGUACUCAAGGGAUUGUCAAGUCUACUACGUUAGGGACGAUUACGCUGCUCGCAAGGUAGGUCUGAUCGAUCAGCCAUUUGAGUUGUAUUUGUGCUCUGAGCUUGGUUUUUAA